GGGAAACGCACGCUAUGUAGCGUUUUACAUGCGUUGCACCGGGAUUCCUGAAUUCUUUGCCAGACUGUAUGAUUCUCGCGGCGGAGUCGAGGGUAAUUAAGUUUGAUGUUUUGACAUACUUCGCAUGGCUGCACCGGGGAGACGUCCUUAAGGGUCCAUUAAAGGGUGACUACUCUUAAGUGCAGGGACGAGUGUAGUUUAUCUGUGUCAGAUGCAGUCAGGGGAGAAAAUAUACAGCCUGUGGUGUUAGUGUGUUGGUGAGGGACGGUAUUCACACGAGCAAGUGCGGUCUGUGUGAUCGUUAUCGACCAGUUCACGCCUAGUAAAGCCGGGAACGUUACAAGGGCUGGGCUGAUCUGUACCGUCCAACCUCCCGCCCUUACAGGUGAGGGCUUCCUUCCAAGAACAUGUCGUGGAACACCACGAUAGCGGACUUCGCGACGGAUUUCCUCCCGACGACGGCGUACGACGGCAACGGCUCGUUCGGUGGGAAUGUGACGGCGGUCGGGCCCGUGGACGGAGGGUCGGUGUGGACGGACGUGGCGCUGGGGAUCGUGCUUGGCUCGCUGUGCCUACUGACCAGCGUGGGGAACGCCAUGGUGCUACACGCCGUGCGCACCAACAGGGACCUGCAGACAGUCAGUAAUUUCUUCAUCGUGAGCCUGGCCGUAUCUGACCUGGCUGUCGGGACGGUCGUCAUGCCGCUCAGUACCGUCAACAUCGUCGCUCACCAGUGGGUCCUGGGGCUACCGGUCUGCCAGGUGUGGCUGUCUGUAGACUACGUGGCCUCCACAGCCUCCAUCUUCAACCUCUUCGUCCUCAACCUGGACCGCUAUUGGUCCGUCACCACUCCUCUCAAGUACAUGCGCAAGCGCACGAAGCGGCGAGCCAUGGCGUUCAUCGCGCUGGUGUGGGGCGUGUCGGCACUCUGGAUCAUCCCCAUCGUCGGUUGGCACGCCUUCGAGUUCGGCGGCGUUCGGAAGGUUCCGGGCGACGUCUGCGACACGGAGUUCAACGCCAACUGCACCUUUAAAGUCAUCACGUCACUCUUCAACUUCUACUUCCCCAUGAUCCUCAUGAGUGUCAUCUACGCGCAGAUCUACAACAAGGUCCGCAAGCGGCACAAGAACCUGAGCGUGCACAUCUCCAGAGGGUCCGUGCCGACCGAGAACGAUAUCAAGAUGCACGAAGGUCUCAGAAGAUCCUCCACGUCAGAACUACAACGUCUUAGAACCAGGCGCGGGUCUUGCGUCGGCGACAAGAUCAGAGGGCCGUCCCCGGAGCAGAAGUCGCCUGCAAAGUCUUGUAACGGUCCGCGGGGGCAGCCGGUGGCAGUCCUGGCCAAGAUGUCCUCCCCAAACAACACCAUCCAGUCUGUGAUAGACACAUUACCUCCUGAUGACGGGAAAUAUCUUUCCGUGGACAAGACGGACUCCGGAGACAGUCGGCGCUCCUCGGCCGAGAUGCCGCCUAUCCCCGAAGACGGGUCCGCCCUGAAGAGCGAGAGAAAGAGCAGCAAGCUGAGCUGGCCGGGCGGGAGACUCAGUCCGCGGAAAUCCAUCGCAGAUCUGCAAGGCUCUCCCAGUAAACAAGGGUCGACGAAAAAGAGACUAAGCCUCACCCGCGGAAGCCUUCUUCGGCGAAUGAACUUGAAGAAUCGCUCGCGAAUGCACUCUGAACGGAAGGCGGCGAAGCAGCUCGGGAUUCUGAUGGGGUGCUUCGUUGCGUGUUGGCUGCCGUAUUCCAUCCUUUUCGUGGCGUUUUGUAACAGCGGCGACAUCAGCGAAGAUAUUCUGAUCGGCGCCACGUGGCUGGGGUACAUCAACUCUACAAUGAACCCUUUUCUCUACCCGCUCUGUAAUGAUAACUUCAAACGUGCGUUUAGAAAGAUGUUGGGUUGUGGUGACGGCUCGAACCUACAGAACAGUACCACCUCUCGUUUAUAGUCUAGUCAUCGAUGAAGGUUAGACAUCCGGUAGUAAGAUAAGGUGACAGUUACUCAAGAAUUUCAGAAAAAUUGGAAAAUAUCAGACGUCUCAGAGAUCAUUCAAUGCUCUAUCCACGUCUAGCCGCUUUCACUCAAUUUCCAGUUACUUGAGUAACUGAUACCUUGUGUUUGUAAACAAAGAUCGUAUGAUUCUUUGAAAAUAUAUGGGGGAUUUGUGAUUGUCUGACGCGAUGUGAAGAUAUCAUAUUUAAAAACGGUAUUCCAUACACAAUAUAUGCGUUAGGAAUGGAAUAAAAAUCUUUGUUUCCGUAUAUUUAUUUGAGAGAUAGAAUAUCCUCUGCGUUCGAAGUACUGAAGCAUGUAGCUCAGCUGUCCAGGUAGAUGGUAGCCUCAUUUUUAGCUGCAGCCUUUUUGAAAUGGCGACGGGAAUGUGAAACUUCAAUAUUAGUUCUAACCACUUGUGUAUUGGACUUCAAAAAAAGUUCCUAAGUGAUGGUAGUUCAUUAUUAGGAAGGUGCAACUCUUUUUAUUUCAACACACAAAGAGAAUAGGGGUGAUAAUGUGCAUAAUUUCAAGUGUAGAUACGUUUGUUCUCAAUUUAUGUCUGUAGAUUGUCGUAGCUGAAACCAAAAGUAACGUUUUAGUGUUGUUCCUGUCAAAGAAUAGAUAGAUAGAACCAUACUCUUUAGACUCACCGGAAAACAUGGUUAUAUGUCAGCUUUUACAGAUGUCUUUGAUUUUGUUUUAUUUUAUUUUGUUUGUCUGUGUACAAACCAGGAGAGCUUGCCUUUUGUCAAAAAAUAAUAACUGACGAAAAUGACCAACUUAAUGUUCAUCAGCCUUUUGGCUCUUUUCUUCCUAUGAUCGUGAUGUGCCUUUAGACAGAUGUAACCAGGUAAUAGGCCUUUGUAAUGUGAGGUAAUGUUGAUCACACUUUAGAUAAAUCUAGUAUAUAGUAGAGUGGAUUCAUUCCUCAUACUACUGACAUCUUGCACAAUGUAGUCGUCCCUCAGUUUGACAUCUGGAGCCGCAUAGUUCGAGUUUUUAACUUUUAUUCAGCCUAUUUAGCCUCUAGCCACUGAAGAAGCUGCACAUAACAAAAUUGGUUUGGCCGACGGGCUGAAUAAAAGUUCAAAACUUGAACUAUGUGGCUCCAGAUGUCUUACUGUGGGACGACUGCAGUGUGUCGGUAGCUUGAGGAAUAAAUCCACUCUACCACUAUAGACGCUAUAGAUAAAUCUGCCGCCGAAGUCGCUCAAUCAUGAUGCCCCUUUUCAUCGAGGCGAUGGGCCUGAGGUAACCAUUCUUUGGCCAAAAAUAUAGGAAGUUUGAAGACAUUUCAUGUUGAUCACGGGUUUAAGAGGUGACUUUUGUACGUUAUGUGUGUUUGUCGUCUUUGGAUGCCUACUCCUGCAUCGUGGAUCGUAUUGAAUUUAUAAAGUCAAAAGUCAUAAAAAUUCCAUUUUUGUCGCUUAUCAAUGACGAUUCAGUGGGUUCUGUACCGUGAGUGUUCUGUAUUAAAUUAUGUAUAGUUGUUGCAGAACGUGCAAUAUUAUUAUAAGAAGUCGCUAAUAUCGGAAUUUCGAAUGUUUCUGCCAUUUAAGUAAGCAAAAGCCAAUGUUAUGUUGCAUCUUUGAAAAUAAUGAAAUACAAAAAAUGUAAUGAAUUUCGUUUUCACUCCAAUUUUUCUUUGUUUGCUUGUUUGUUUCUUCGUUUCUGUUUUACUCAUAAUUUUUAUGGUUUUUAUCAUAUUCUACUACAAACGAUGUCAUGUAGUGUCAAACUUGCCCGUACUGUCAAUAUGUAUACAGCCAAAAAAACGUAUUCAUUUUAGAAAUAUUACGAAGUUGAAAGAUACACAUCUACAUUUAGAGAUGAUACAUUUCAUUCCCAACAAGGCAAUAUGCCAAACAGAUCAAAAUUACUCCCACACUAACGCCAUAGCUUUUCUUGACCUCCCCUCAGCUGGUUGAUUUUUUUUUCGGUUAUAGUACAAGAUGGUAACGUUACAUGUGUGCGACAGAAAAUAUUGUAUUUCUUCGUUUUAUGACAAAUGUUUAAAUGUUGGGUAUCCGGUACAUUGUUCGAUUCUAUAUUUCAAGGAUUGUCUACGAAAUGUUUGAUGGUGAAAUCGUGAAAUUUUAGCGUUACGAUUAAUAAAGAAACCGGAAACUUUGUUCAAUUUUAGUUAUCAUCUUGUUGCAUAUCAAUUACACGGGUCACAUUCGUCAAAGGCCGUUGUACGGAUUUAAUGUCUUAAAUUUUCCAAGCAGGUUGUGACAGAACCAACUGCUAACUGUGAUCGAAGACCGUCUUUUCCAUAAGAAGACUAAAUCUUAUACAACACAUGCACGAAUGACGUCAGUUUUCGACCGUACGACAGUCUAACGGCGAAUGUGAUCAGGCUACUACUGUCUUUAUCUGUGUCUAUAUAGCCGGUAUGACCGUCCUUCUAUGAUGCACGGCUAGCUUCUGUAUCUGUAUCUGUAUAGCCGGUUUGACGUCCUUGGCGUAACACACGAGCUUUAAUGACCAAUCUUGUGCAAUAGCCAAUAGUGGCUUAUUUCUUGGUAUAUGUUUCUAAUGGUGUCAAAUGAAGAAUUGGUCAUUUUAAUAGAUACGAUGUCGGAAAAGAAGUCCCUUUAAGCAUAACAUGUUGCAAACUUGUGCGCUGUUCUUAUAUAUUAACCUUGCAAAUUUCUUAUCAGCAGAACAAAACUGUUCGAAAAAGUACAUUUUUUUUGUUUGAACAUUGAAUAUCAAGUAAUUCAGUCUAUUGAAAUUCAGUGCAAGUCAGUAACUGGUAUCAUGGUGUGAAUAUUCUACAAAUAAAGAAUUGUU